AUGGCUAUUGAAUCACCGAAAAGUUUCAAGCGCAAAGCCUCUGAGGAGAUAGCUUCCCCGGAAUCCGGGCACCAGGCCAGCAAGAAGGCACGCACAGAUUCACCUGAGAAAGAGGAAGAUGGCCCUCUCGAUAAGUCGCCUCUCCGCAUUGUCCCAUUUCCUGAGAAGCCCGCUGUGCUCGAGGAACGCCGCGGUGACAUCGAGUUCCGCGUCGUCAACAACGAUGGUUCCCACGAUAGCUUUAUCGUCCUGACGGGCCUGAAGUGCAUCUUCCAGAAGCAACUCCCGAAAAUGCCCAAGGACUAUAUCGCGCGUCUUGUUUACGAUCGAUCGCAUCUGUCCAUGGCAAUUGUGAAGCACCCACUGGAGGUUGUAGGAGGAAUCACCUAUCGUCCGUUCAAUACUCGAAAGUUCGCCGAAAUUGUCUUCUGUGCUAUCUCCUCCGAUCAACAAGUCAAAGGAUAUGGUGCGCACCUGAUGUCCCACCUCAAGGACUACGUCAAAGCCACUUCCCCCAUCAUGCAUUUCCUUACCUAUGCCGAUAACUACGCCAUUGGAUACUUUCAGAAACAAGGCUUCACCAAGCAGAUCACCCUUGACAAAUCGAUCUGGAUGGGCUACAUCAAGGACUACGAGGGUGGCACGCUCAUGCAGUGCACCAUGCUCCCCAAGAUCCGCUACUUAGAGAUGGGUCGCAUGCUCGCCAAACAGAAGGAGUCGGAAUGGAAGAACGGGGUCUAUGCGCUCGAUCCUCUUAGCAUUCCCGUAAUCAAGGAAUCCGGAUGGUCGCCUGAUAUGGAUGAGAUGGCUCGCCAGCCUCGUCAUGGACCUAAUUACAAUCAACUGUUGCAUCUGUUGAAUGAUAUGCGGAAUCACAGUGCAGGCUGGCCAUUUGCUCAGCCUGUUAACCGCGACGAGGUUCCAGACUACUACGAGGUGAUUCUGGAGCCUAUGGAUCUGUCGACCAUGGAGGAAAAGCAUGAGAAGGACUUGUAUCCAACACCACAGGAUUUCAUCAAGGACGCCAUGCUGAUUUUCGACAAUUGCCGAAAAUACAAUAGCGAGACCACAUCCUACGCUAAGCUCGCCAACAAGCUCGAGAAGUUCAUGUGGCAGCAGAUCCGGAAUAUUCCAGAGUGGUCGCAUCUUGCCGAUAAUCAUUGA